AUGUCGGCCAGGGCGGACCGGGACCCCGGGACCCACGGGAGACCCGGGUCAGAGCGGGAGUGGGCGGAGAGAGGCCGGGGCAGCAGAGUGGUGCGUUACUUCUCCAGAGAUUCUGCCAGUCUGAAGGGAACUUUAUCGAUACUAGAGGAGAACGUCCCAACAGCUCUGCCCAUGCUGUUGGAUGUGGUCCACGGUCCUGAACGCCUUCCUGCAGACGAGGAGUCACAGGAAAUGCUGAGAGGGAAACUUCGCAUUCUGCAGGCUGACAGCACUGAGGUCAACGCUCUGUUCAUGGAGUUGUCUGCUCAUCUGGUCUCCAUCAACAGUGAAGAAAAAGUCAUUUUUGUGUCUUUUAAAACAUUUGAGGAAAUAUGGAAAUUCACCACUUACUACACAAUAGGUUUCCUCGGACACUGCAUGGAGAAUCUACUGUUUGACCAAAAGUUCUGGCUCAGCUCUUUGGAUGAGGACAUAUCUGUUGAGGUUUCCAUUCAGGAGGAAACCUUGAAUCUUAUUUACAAAGCCAUCCUCAUGCAGGAAGGUUCACUGUUUGCGAGUUGCAGUGUUAACCAGAUGUUUGACAGCUCAACAUCUGGAGGCGACCUGUACCUGGAGCAGGGAGACAUAGCCCAGUUUGAGCCCCCCUUCCUGGGCUCGGGGUGGACCGUGCUGUGCCUGGCUGACGGAGGCCGAGGUACUGCCCCCAAACCUGCUGUGGAGCCGGUCAUCCCCUUCCAUCAAUGGUUUCUGAAAUCGUGCACAGAGAGUAUUUUAGUAGGUGAUGGAAAACCUGCGUGCAGCUUCCCUCUGCAGUUUGCUCAAGGAACCUGCGUGGCCUUAGAGGAGUACGAUGCUGAAGGUCCAGAUGAGCUGAGCAUAGCCCCAGAUGACCACAUCACCAUUGUGGGACUUCUGGUAUCCUGCUUUGAUUGGUUCACGGGGAGGAAGGAGGCGACGGGAGACGUUGGCCUGGUUAAGACAAAACUAGUAAAACCUUCUGGGGACAUUUACAGUUCAGAGGAGAUUUUUUUGGAUGGAGAGAAAAGGACGUUCUUCAGUCUCCAAGAGGACAAAGUCAUAGCAGAAACAACUGCCUUAUUGAAGAAGAAAUCUCAGAAUGACACUGGUCACAACUACAAACUGGAUAACAUCUAUCACCAGGACUCGGAAAAGAAAAAAAACAACAGUUUUUUAAGCAAAGGUGAUCCUCAGCAGUCGGAAUUAAAGACAAACAUCCAGAGGAUCCUUAGUCAAGGGCAAGCUUCAUCCAGAGGUCCUGCUGCGACUGUAAAUGGGACUAAAAAUGACUCAGUCCUGCCUACGGAGACCAUAGACCCACCUAAACCACCCUGUUUCACCGUCCAUACAGUUGUAGAAGGAAACAACAACACAGACAACUUCAUCCCCAUCUUCUCUUUUUUGGAAGACCGGGACUACAAGGCAGAAUUCGGUGUCCUCUACCGGCUGAGUCCUGAACUGCUGUCCUCCUCGGCCUUUACCGGACACUCCGAUGAAGACGAGCUGACGGGCUUUUUGAGUGCUGCCAGGGAAACCGCCAGGAAGAAGCGUCUCUUAUGGGCUCAAACUCGUCUUUGCUUUCUGCUGGGGAAGCUCAGCGCCGGACGGUUGAAGUACAGCCAAGCUCGAGUUUACCUGGAGGAAGCGCUCAUUGUGCCACGAGAGGGAUUUACAGAUCUCAGACUGUUAGCUAGCAUCUACUCCAACCUCGCCACUAUAUAUCUUUUACAGAAAAACACAGAGAGCUUCUUUGCACUGACAGAGCGACUUGUUGCCUUGUUAAUGGGCAUGUCAGACUGUCUGGAAAGCAUCGAGGAUGACGCAGUUCUUAAAUACAUCCUCAAGAAAGCUAUCUUGUCCCGCAACAAAAAGGCAGAAGCUCGAGCUUGUUAUCUGUUAACAAAGCAUCACUGGACUCAAACCGAGCCAGCUAGAGUGGUUCCUUACCUUGAGAGGUUGCUUGAUCUUUGCUCAGGGGCUCCAAAAACUUGCAGCAUCUCCCCAAGUUAUGGAUACCUUGCCUUAGGACGGCUGUACAGCGAGCUCUGCCUUCCCUACCUCAGUGUCAGUUCAACCAGGAGAUCUUCCUUAGAGCCGUCAGCAACUCUGACCGACUGCCUCAGCUGCAUAGACCAGUUUCUGCGCAAUGCCAGCAGACUGUAUGGGGUCACGGAGCAGGAAGCCUCCGUCCCAUGUCAUGUGGCUCCGUACUUACACCAGGCCCUUUCUUUGAUCGAGGUCCACGAAGAAGGAAGCGUCGACUACCAUGUGCUCAGACACCACCUCACUGUCUGUCUCAGUCAGCUGUUUUACAAGCACAGAAUGGUUGGACGGGCCAUCCGAUAUAUGCAUACCCUGGUCAAAAACAGUCCAUCCUUGCAAACACACUCUAUCCCUGAGAGAAAUGGGGCUCUCAUCUGGUUGGCGUGGCUCCACAUUGAUAACAACCAGCCAGAUGUUGCAUUGGAUAUCCUGGAGUCAGUCCUGUCUGCAAUGCCAGAACACUGCACUACUCCUCAAGAAGGUGUGGUUCUGAAUAUGUGUGGCGUGGCGCUUCGUUCCAUGGGUGACCUGCGGAGGGCGGCAGAGAGCUACCAAGCAGCUGUUGACAUCUGCCAAGAGUAUGAGGACCUGCCAAACUGGGCUGUAGCUCAGGCCAACCUAGGCCUGCUGUGUCUGAAGGCUGGAGCUAAAAGGUUAGCCCAGAAGCACCUGACCCAGGCUGUAGGUCUGUUCUCUGAGCUGGACCAAGAAGGCCAUGAGGAGAACUUCAUCACAGUGCUACUGGAGCUGGGGCAGCAUUAUGUGAAGCAGCACCAGGUGCAUUAUGGGAAAGGAUGCUAUGAGUGGGCUCUGCUCCUGGCUAUCAGUGCCAACCUGUUAGACUGUCAGCUGACUGCGACCAGACACUUAUGCCGUCUGUAUGGGUGUGAGAGUCCAGACCAGGCCCAGUGCAUCAUCUACAGCCAACACCAGGUCCAGCUGCUGCAGCGGACCGGAGACAGAGGACAGGAGGGGGACGCCCUGGACCACAUCAGCCACCUCUACCUGAGUCUGGGCACCGACAAGGCCUAUCAGGCAGCUCUAGACUACACUAAGACCAGUCUGGGUAUUUCCAUAGAUCUGGGUUUUAAGGAGAAGGAGGCCUAUGGCUGGUUACAGGCAGGAAAGAUCUACCACCUGCUGGGCCAGAUCGAACUGGUGGACCUCUAUGUCCAGGCAGCUCAAGAUGUGGGUCUGAGCACAGGAGACACCAAAUCUGUCCUCAAACUACUAGAAGCUGCAGGAGAUAUUUUCUUCAACAGCAGCCAGGACCGGGACAAGGCCAUCACCUUCUACAGGGACCGUGCUCUGCCCAUUGCAGUGAAGAGUAACCAUGUUCACACCAGGCUGAGGCUGUGUAAUAAACUGACUGAACUGAUGCUCAGUCUGAAACUCCACAGGGAGGCGCUGGAGUUCGCUCAGACCGCCCUGGACAUCAGCAUCAGCCUGGGUGAGCGUCUGAAUGUGCGGGUGUCCUACCACCGCCUGGCGUCUCUGUAUCACAGUCUGGAACAGUAUGAACUGGCCGAACACUUUUACCUCAAGACGCUGUCACUGUGUCCUGCACCUCUGCAGUUCGACGAGGAAACGCUCUACUACGUCAGGGUUUACCAGACACUGGGAGACAUCAUAUUCCACGACCUGAAGGACCCCUUCGACGCUGCCGGUUACUACCACCUGGCUCUGGCUGCAGCCAUGGAUCUGGGCAACAAGAGGUCUCAGCUGCAUCUGUGCACGCGCCUCGCCACCAUCUACCACAACUUCCUCAUAGACCGGGAGCUCUCUCUCUUCUUCUACCAGAGGGCCAGGGCUCUGGCUGCAGAGCUGAACGUCAGGAGGGUGAACCUGUCUCCAGACCAGCUGUACAGGAGCCCCUCACAGUACAAGACCACAGGGGGUGAUGGGAACUGA